GCCCCUUCCACCGGCCCUUCUGCUUCGCCUCCUUUUGGUUUGCCUUGCAUCCAUCUUGACGUCACAGGCGUCACGUGUUGUUGUUUCCUUCCUCUCCUCGCCAGCAGCUCAUCCCAGGGGAAGUCUGAAGAUCUGGAUGAGCACAAGAUCUGCAAUGACACAGGUGGGUGGGUUGGUGAGGGGGGGACGGUGUGCUCGUUCAUGGUGGUGCUGUGGAUGCGCGUGUAUGGCUUCGUGUGGUGACUGAUCUGCGGCGAGUGCUGCUCUUGUACUGCUUCUCUGUUGUCUGUUGACCCGGUGUUUGGCGCCUGCAAUGCCUUGCUCCCUCAGCAAGUGAGCCAAGACAACCUCCCACCCACAACUGCAGAGGUAAGGACAGCAUUUGGAGGAGGAGUGAGACGAGCAUGUCACGUCGUGUCUGUUUGUGUGUUCCCUGUCAGGCCUCUUCUGCCGCCCUCCCCUCCCUCCCGCUCUCCCAACGCGUCGCAGUGGCCAAGUCCUUCGAGCCAGUGCCCUUCAUCCCUCCACUAUGGGCGCGGAACCAGCACAUCCAGACCAUCUUCGGCUCAGAAUCCGUCCGCACUCGGCUGUUCGGUCGGCACAGCCAGUGGCCCUUCAUCGACGACCUUGUUCGGGCGCGUGUGGACACGCCGGACGGCGAUUUCAUCGACAUGGACUUUUACUACUGGGAUGGUGACCGUGCCCAUGAGCUGCACCGCUGUGUGGCGGAGGGGCGUGUCGAGAAGCCGUCGACCAGCGACCCGCUUGUGCUGGUGCUGCAUGGCCUGGAAAGCAACUCGAGGAGCCCUCUCUGUCUCAAGAUGGCCCGUGCCUUCCACGCGAGGAACUUCGACGUUUGUCUGGUCAACUUCCGAUCUUGCUCCGGCGAGUUGCCGAGAACGGUGAGCAGUCCUGACGCGAGAAACCGUUUGCACAUACACACAUUCUGACCACUCUCGCCUGAUGCCUUGUGUUUAGGUCCGCGCAUACAAUGUGGGCUUCACGGAGGAUCUGCAGUUCCUCGUCGAGCGGUUCCGUCACAUCACUCCCUCGCGGCCACUGUUUCUCGCUGGCUUCUCGCUUGGCGGCAACGUGAUCACCAAGUGGCUUGGUUCCAUGGGAGAGGAGGCCUAUGCGGUCAAAGGCGUCAGGGGCGCCGCGGUGGCCUGCGUGCCGUUCGAUCCAUUGGCAGCCCAGCCCAAGAUCGACUCCCCUGGCUUCUCGCGUCUGGUUUACACCGGGAACUUUCUUCGCACUCUCAAAGUGAAGGCCGAAACUCACCAUCAGAGGUGAGACAAACGCCCUCUCGCACACAAAAUGGGCGCAGGCAUCCAUGGGUUUCUUGUGCGUGUCAGGUUCCCUGGGUCGUUCAACCUCGAUGGCGUCCGCGAGGCCAAGACCAUCGGCGAGUUCGAUCGCCACUUCAUCGCCCCCAUCUUCGGCUUUGCUGACAAGAAGGACUACUACAUGAAAUCGGCGUCCAAGCCGCACCUGCCCUUCAUCCGCACCCCCUACAUGGCCAUCAACGCGCGGGACGACCCAUUCGUUGACGAUGAGUCGCUUCCACAGGAGCGUCACGUCGACCACGUGGCCAAGCAGCACACCGAUGACGUCGGCGCGCCGGUGCGGCUCGUGUAUACCGAGAAGGGAGGGCAUUGCGGGUUCUACAUGGGCAAAGGGGGGUGGUCGCUCGCUGAGGAGAUGGGGAGGUUCUUGGGCGAUGUGGACAGAGCCCAUAAUGGGCUGCUGUGAAGGCAUGAGUGCGCGUGUGUGUAUGAGGGAGUUGGGGGCUUUUUGCCGUUUUGGACAGCAGUCGAUGCAUUGCGCAGCAAUGGACAGUUUUGUGUGUGUGUGUGGGUCCAUUGGGACGAGGGCGGGAGUGGAAUGACUCACUCAUGGCUCGUUCGUC